AUGUACGUCAAACCCCCUUCGCUUGUCACCCCGUCUGGACUGCACCGUCGAAGACUUCAUAUUGAGCUAUUCGGACCACUGGGUUGCCAGCAUGGCACCCAAAUCCUGCUCGAACUUCCUCGCCUACCUUACCGGCUGGCUUACAACCCUCGCGUGAGAAGCUCAAGCAAUUACGACGAGUUACCUGACGGCAACUACACUCCAAGGCAUCAUCGUGCUAGCAAGACCUUCGUAUGUCGCAGAACCCUGGCAAACAGUGUUGCUUUGUGGGCUGUUGCGUCAUUUGCUUGCGCUCUGAAUUUCACCGGCGGACUUCUGGCCAGGUUCGAAGGUUUGAUCCUGAUCUUACACCUCGUUGGCUUCUUCGGGAUAUUGGUCCCUCUGGUGUACUUCUCAGAUCACAACAGCGCAGAAGCCGUGUUUACCACGUUAUACGACAACGGAGGGUGGCACUCGGACGGGUUGACUUUUUUAGUAGGCCUCGCAUCUAUUAUCAGCACACUAACUGGUGCCGGCUGUGCUGUUCAUAUGUCCGAAGAAAUACAGUCUGCUGCUACAGUCGUACCGAAAGCAUUGCUUUAUACGAUUUCGAUCAACGGGACUUUGGCUUUCGCUAUGGCUAUCGCUUUCCUAUUCUGCAUUACCGACUUGGACGCAGCCGUCGCGGCAGCGGACACCAUGUUCUACCCGUUUCUCCAGGUAUUCCAAUCCGCUGUCGGGUCUACUGCAGGUGCAUGUGUUAUGGCCAGUCUUAUCCCUAUACUAGCACUCGCCAGCAGUAUUCGGGUUUAUGCCACCUCAUCCCGAAUGAUUUGGUCGUUUGCACGAUAG